AUGGGAAACUCUGCAGGUGGCAUCCAUUUGUCGACGUACCUAUUCACACCAGACUUUGCCGUAUCAAGAAGCAAGGUCAUGACCUCAGAUUCGGAGGCAAGCGUCGUACUUCGAGGUGUGAUAUUUCUGUCUGUACCCUUCAAUUUUAGACAGGGCGAUCCAUCGCGCGAUCAGGUCCUUCAAGAGUACUAUGGUGAUGAGGUUGACAGCAGAGCGCCACAGGGGCUACUCAAGGCUGCUAUGCUGCAGGAUCCGGAUGCUGUGCUCCCAAACGUGACAGCCAUGCUGCUCAACGGUAGCCUAGACCCCGAUGACGAGAUUAUGGAUCCACGAGACGAGUUCCUUUAUGAAUGGAAAUUGCUCGACGAAAGGAGCCGUGAGAGGUUGACAGUCGCCAUGAUGGAUGGCCACAAUCACAUCUCUCCAGCACUAUCGCUCGGCACAAACAUUGAGAUGGAGGAAGCAUGGGGAUAUCAGGUCGGCGAGUUCGUGGAUUCGCUACUUUCCGAGAUCAUGUUUCUGUACAAAGAUCCUUCUUCGAGCAACGCGUUGAAUUCGCAGACGCGUCGCGCUGCGAAGUCUAAUUACGUCCCAAGCUUGUGA